AUGGAGCCCAACACCCAGGAUGGAGAAAAGAAUGGAUCGAAACACAUCCCAAAAUUUGAGACUCUGCAAGUCCACGCAGGGCAAACUCCGGACUCCGCAACGCUGGCACGUGGAGUACCGAUUUACUCAACCUACGUCUUCAACUUCCAUAGCUCUGCCCAUGCUGCACGGCUCUUCAACCUCGAGGAGGAGGGUGACAUUGCGACUCGCACGGGUAACCCAACUACAGCCGUGGUGGAACGUCGUGUCGCAGCACUCGAGGGCGGCGUUGCGGCCGUUGCUGUAUCGUCAGGCCAGGCAGCUGUUUUUAUGACUAUGGUUGCUUUGGCUGGGCACGGGGAGAACAUCGUCGCAACGAAGCACUACUACCACGGCGCAUACAAUCAGUUCUCUUUCCUCCUACCGGAGUUCGGCGUAACGUGCCGUGUGGUGGAAGAGACUGUGGAAGCAGUUCGGGCCGCCAUUGAUGAGCGCACGAAAGCCGUGUAUAUCGAAACCAUUGGGCAUCCAAACUUCAAUGUUCCAGACAUCGAAGCUAUUGCGCAGGUCGCUCAUGAAAACGGAGUCCCUCUUGUUGUCGAGAACACUGUCGGAUGUGCCUACUUCUGCCAGCCUAUAAAGCACGGCGCCGACAUCGUCGUUGAGAGCAUGAGCAAGUGGAUUGGUGGUCAUGGAAGUGCAACUGGAGGCAUCAUUGUCGAUUCCGGUAACUUCGACUGGAAAGGUUCAGCUCGCUUCCCACAAUUCAAUAAACCAUGCCCUGGUUUCCACGGAUUGAACUUCUCUGAGCGAUUUGGGCGGGAGGCUUUUAUCAUGCGCAUACGAGGGCAGAUCCUCCGAGACGUCGGCUCCUGUCUUUCUCCUUUCAACAGCCAGCAAUUUGUACUCGGUAUUGAGACUCUGAGCUUGCGCUGCGAGCGGCACGCCCAGAACACCAUUACUCUCGCAAACUGGCUUGAGAAACACGAGAAUGUGGUAUGGGUAUCAUAUCCUGGUCUUCCCAGUCAUCCUCACUACAAGCUUGCGCAAAAGUACCUACCUCGGGGGGCUGGCGCAGUGCUGAUGUUUGGUAUCAAAGGCGGAGCGGAAGCUGGCGAGCAGCUGGUUGACAAUUUCAAAAUGAUCUCGAAUAACCCAGGAUAUGGUGACGCCAAAACCACUGCUAUGCAUCCCUGGUCGACAACACACAAGCCAAUGCUACCACAAGAGAAGAUCGAUCUUGGUGUCGCACCAGAAAUGGUGAGGGUGUCAGUUGGAAUCGAACACAUUGACGAUAUCAUACACGACAUAAAAGAGAGUAUGAGCAUCAGUCCUGCUGUGCCAAGCGCAUGAAUUGGAUAACUGACGCGAUGGGACUUACAUGCGAUGGGUCUGGCGAUUUGGUAUGGAGACAGUCUGCACUAAUCUUGUGCUGCAAGGUGGCCCAGAAAAAGGGUCCGUUGGAGUAGGUAUUACCCGGAGCAGGCGC